GGAGGAAACACACUCCAGUGAGCCACACCAGGCUGGGAGGUCUCAGGGCUACAGGCGGGAUUAGGAGGAAGUUGUCGGACAGUGAGACCGGAAUGGUGACACCGUGGAGGGAGAACCGGCAGCCAGGCAGAUGGUUCCUGCCGAGGAAGCACUGGGCAUAGCUGCGGGCCCCCGACCCCCACUGUAUUAUCGCUGCGACACAGCUGGCUGCCUCACCCCUGACGGCCGCAGGAGGACCUCCCCCAUGCUGUCCCCAAGCCCGCCCCGUGUCACAUGAGGCCCUGCAGCCUCCCACCCUCCAUCCAGGGCCACAACCCAGGUCUGCCCGGCUGUAGUGCCUCCGAGGAACAGAGGCACAGGGGUCGAGACACCAAAGCUCCCCCUCUUCUUUCCAGACCCCAAGAAAUCAGGAAAGGUGCUUCAGGGUGGGCUCUGGAGGCCAGUCAGCUCUCUCCAGCCCCAGUCCCGCUCUAUCUGCAGCCUCAUGUCCCAGGCGUCCACCUCCACGCUGGAGAGCGGAACACUCCUCUCAGGACCUCGGGGUCUUCAGAAUGGAAGCCCAGCUAACAGGAAGGAGAAGGCUGCAGCAAUGCCAGACUCCCCGGCUGAAGUGAAGACGCAGCCCCGGUCCACACCCCCCAGCAUGCCGCCCCCACCUCCCACCUCAUCCCAGGGAGCCACACGACCACCCUCCUUCACACCUCACACACAUGGUGAGGAUGGACCUGCGACGUCUCUACCCCACGGCCGUUUCCACGGCUGCUUAAAGUGGUCCAUGGUCUGUCUCUUGAUGAACGGCAGCAGUCACUCACCCACGGCCAUCCACGGUGCCCCAUCUACACCCAAUGGCUUCAGCAACGGCCCAGCCACCUCAUCCACCGCCUCGCUGUCCACACAGCACCUGCCCCCGGCCUGCGGGGCACGACAGCUCAGCAAGCUCAAACGCUUCCUCACCACCCUGCAGCAGUUCGGCAGCGACAUCUCGCCCGAGAUCGGGGAGCGCGUGCGCACGCUGGUGCUGGGGCUGGUGAACUCAACUCUGACGAUCGAAGAGUUUCAUUCUAAGCUCCAGGAAGCCACCAACUUUCCACUGAGGCCGUUUGUCAUCCCCUUUCUGAAGGCUAAUCUACCGCUGCUGCAGAGAGAGCUCCUGCACUGUGCCCGCCUGGCCAAGCAGACGCCCGCCCAGUACCUGGCCCAGCAUGAACAGCUGCUGCUGGACGCCAGCACCACAUCCCCUGUCGACUCGUCCGAGCUCCUGCUGGAAGUCAAUGAGAAUGGCAAAAGGCGGACACCUGACAGGACCAAAGAGAAUGGGUCAGACCGGGACCCCCUGCACCCCGACCACCUCAGUAAGCGGUCCUGCACCCUGAGCCCUGCCCAGCGCUGCAGCCCCAGCAAUGGGCUGCCUCACCCUACGCCACCCCCGCCCCCGCACUAUCGCCUGGAGGACAUGGCCAUGGCCCACCACUUCCGGGACUCCUACCGACAUCCUGAGCCCCGAGAGCUACGGGAACGCCAUCGGCCCCUCGCUAUACCUGGGUCUCGACAGGAAGAAGUGAUUGACCACAGGCUCACAGAACGUGAGUGGGCGGAUGAGUGGAAGCACCUCAACAGCCUCCUGAACUGCAUCAUGGACAUGGUGGAGAAAACACGGCGGUCCCUCACCGUCCUGCGCCGGUGCCAGGAGGCAGACCGUGAGGAACUCAACCACUGGAUCCGGUGCUACAGUGACUCCGAGGACGGGAAGAAGGGCCCCACCCCUAUCUCUGCCCGGUCCCUCAACAGCUGCAGUGGCCCUGAGGGGUCUCAGCUAGAUGUUCACCGGGACUUCACGCCCAGGACCCUGUCUGGCUAUAUGCCUGAAGAGAUCUGGAGAAAAGCUGAAGAAGCUGUGAAUGAGGUAAAGCGCCAGGCGAUGUCCGAACUCCAGAAAGCUGUGUCUGACGCAGAGCGCAAGGCCCAUGAACUCAUCACCACAGAGCGAGCCAAGAUGGAGCGAGCCCUGGCUGAGGCCAAGCGACAGGCCUCGGAGGACGCCCUGACUGCCAUCAACCAGCAAGAGGACUCCAGCGAGAGCUGCUGGAACUGCGGGCGCAAGGCCAGUGAGACUUGCAGUGGCUGUAAUGCCGCACGCUACUGCGGGUCCUUCUGUCAGCACAAGGACUGGGAGAAACACCAUCAUGUGUGUGGCCAGAGUCUGCAAGGCCCCGCAGCUGCAGUAGCUGACCCACUGCCUGGACAGCCUGAUGCCACUGCCAGCCCCAGCGAAGCCGGCUCAGCAGGACCCUCUCGUCCCUGCUCUCCAGGCCCACCGGGCCCACUGGACGCUGCUGUGCCCCGCUGACCUCCAGAUCUGACACCCAGCCCAUGGACGCAAUGCCCUGCCAACCUCCUGGCCCCACCGUGGCCCACCAGUUGCCUGGAGCUGGCCGUGGGGGGCCACUGCUGCUACUGCUUCUCUCCAACAAAACCGCAACCAUGCUGUCCCAGACCGGGUCUGCCGGGGCCUCUGCAGCCUCCCUCGUCGCAGCACCCUCAGAGAGCACCGCACAGCUGCAGACGGCGGCACCUGCAGGAGUGCAGCCAGCUCCGCCGCUGUCUGUCCCCUCUGUUUGUCUCUCUGUGUCCGUCCGUCUAGCUUUCUAUGACUGCCUGUCUUUCUGUGUCUCUUGAUGUCUUUGUCUCCUGCUGUUUCCUUGACUCUCCUGUGUCUCUGUCUUUGUAAAGUCCACAUGGUUUCUCUGUCAGCAGAGAAACCUAAUUGGUGGCUUUUAUUUUCCAUGAAGAACUCUUGGAAAUUUUGUUUUGUUUUGUUGGGCAAACAAACUACUUAGAAAUGGACAAAGAAGACUGUGGGGUCCCCCAUUCCUCAUGUGUAAGGAAGAAACUGUGAUUUUUCCAUCCAGAGCUGCUGGAUCACCAGCCAGCCCUGGGGGGAUCGGCGCGCACACAGCAGAAAUAAUAAGAACAAUUUCAAUUUCCAACUCAAGAAGAAGUUUUUGUUUCAGGUUUUAUUUCGUUUCUUUAAUGUCAAACUCUUUGGCUUUAAGUGAAAAAAAAAAAAGAAAGAAAAAGAAAAAGAAAAAAAUCCAAAAAGUUUUUUUUUUUUAAA